AUGAACCGAAGCUGCGAGAAGGCUAUGCGGAUCCUUUCCGAGUGGGUCGAUGACGGACCUCGGUGGCACGAGUUGCACGAGUUGCACGAAGUCGCCAUCGGGCCUCCGAAGGACCCGCGAUGCAUCAGAUCGCCGUGCUACGGAGCUGGAUGGAUGGCGGUGUCUACGACCUGGUUUUGGGACAAGGGCAAGAUCGCGGAUUCGACGAUUGAGUCGCACAUGCUUGUCUCUUGGACUUCUCAUCCUGCAACCGCCUACCGCCUCUUAUCUGGUCGGAACCCCCAAGAAAGGGAACUCAGGGGAGGGAGGCAGGCACCCUCAGUAUAGUGCACACUACUUACCGUACAUCGCUCUUGGCAACGACGCAUGAUCACGUAGGCAUGUGUACUUUGACGCAUAUAGGCUCAGUUUCAGACAGCCAAAGGGUCUACUUAAACACUUUAUUGGCUCUCGGGAAUUAAAAAUUUCAAACGGGAGCAAUGCCAAACUGCAAAAGGUGGUUGGAUUGGACGAGUUGACACUGCAGACAAAGAAAGUAGAUACUUUGUAGCAAACGGUUUUCUGCAUUGGAAAUAUUACAAGACCGUUUUUUUGUUUGUACCUUGGAGCUGUCUUGGCGUCACAGUUCGGG